AUGUCCAAAUAUCGCGCCAUAGUGGAUGAGGAAGCGAUACUUCCCAGUAAUAGCUCUCAAAGCAACAGUUUAUCAAUAGAACCCAGCACUCCGUUAUUGUCCGACGCAAAUGCAGACGAAGUACAAGUUGAAAUCGAAGACGAGCCUGGUACUGCUUCUUCGGCCUCUUGCGUGAUAAAUCUGGCAAAUACGAUACUUGGAACCGGGAUGCUAGCCAUGCCAGCAGCAGUAGCUUCAAUUGGUGUGAUCUUUGGUAGUCUAAUGAUAAUCUAUGCUGGUACCGCAUCUGCGUUAGGAUUAUAUUUCCUCUCCCGCGCGGCCGCCAAGACGGAAGGCCGUCACUCGUCCUUCUUUGCAGUCUCCAAACUCACGUAUCCGUGGGCGGCCGUCUAUUUCGACAUGGCCAUAGCUAUAAAAUGCUUUGGUGUCGGAACGUCGUAUCUGAUUAUCAUAGGUGAAUUGAUGCCGGAAGUAAUCGCCGCUUCGUUUGGGAGCUCGGAUGGGGAAUACAACUUGUUUCUUGAUCGUCGAUUUUGGAUUACAGUCUUUACGUUGAUUGUUAUUCCGUUGGCGUUCAUGAAGAAGCUCGACUCUCUAAGAUAUACGAGUCUACUGGCCCUGACGACCGUUGUCUACUUGAUCGUUAUUGUUAUAUAUAAUUACUUUGGGCCUGAUUUCAAGGCUCCGCCGAGUGAUAAGAUACAUUACGUGCGGUUCUCGUCCAAGUUUUUUACAUAUUUGCCGAUUUUUGUGUUUGCUUUUACUUGUCAUCAGAAUGUCUUCACGAUAUACAAUGAGGUGGGAGAUAAUAGCCAAGCGAACAUUAACAAGAUUGUCUUUGGAACUAUUGGGUUCUCGGCGUCGGUCUAUGAAAUAAUUGGUAUAUUGGGGUAUUUGACCUUUGGUGACGAUGUGUCAGCCAAUAUAAUAUCAAUGUGCCGUGUCGGCUUUAUAUGCUGUGUUUUACUCUCGCUCCCGCUGCAAUGGCAUCCUUGCCGUGCUUGUCUGGACAAGAUCAUUUCCGCCCUUACCACGAACAAUACCAACGGUGAUUAUAAAUUGCUCACAACCAACAAACCGUCAGACUUGAAGUUUUUUUUGAUGACUUCGGGAAUUAUGAUUUCGACUUAUUUGCUCGCUAUUCUGGUUUCCCAGUUAGACUUGGUUCUCUCGUUUGUUGGGUCGACCGGAUCAACCACGAUUUCGUUCAUUCUUCCCGGAAUAUUUUACUACAAAUUGCAUCAAGACGAGCCAUGGGAUAAAGAGAAAGUAACUGCAGUAUGCUUGGCCAGUUACGGUUGCGUUGUUAUGGUCGUAUGUCUGACUAUGAACAUAUUACGUGUUUCAGCUGGACACUGA